AAAAUUAUUCAGUUAACAGUUGCGGGUUGGUUGAGACAUACAAGCCCCGGCAAGAGUUAAGUUCAGUGUCGCUUGUCUAGAAGUUAAAACAAAGUGCAAAAUGAAAUCCAUGCUUGUUUUUGGCCUGGUGGCUAUGUGCGCGCUGUUGGCCAGCGCCGAGGAGGCCGCACAGAAAGUGGAGGUGGCCGCUGCCGCUGCCGCUGACACGACCGAGAAGAAGCAGGAGAAACGCGGUAUUGUCUCCACUGGCUACGGCAUUGCCGACGGCGGCUAUGGCGUCAGCAGCUAUGGUCAUGGCGGCUAUGGUGCUAGCAACUACGGUCUCUCUCUGAGCGGACCCGGUUCAAUCGGACCAGCCGUUGUUUCACAGCUGCCCACACAGGUGCGCACCAACACCGUUGUCCGUACCGUCCAGGUGCCCUAUCAGGUGGAGCGUCGUGUGCCCUAUCCCGUUGAGAAGACCGUCACCUAUCCCGUCAAGGUGCCCGUGGCCCAGCCCUACCCCGUCGAGAAGGUCGUCCAAUACCCAGUGAAGGAGAUCGUUAAGGUGCCCGUCCAUGUGCCACAGCCCUACCCCGUUGAGAAGGUCGUCAAGGUGCCCGUCAAGAUCCCCGUCGAUCGUCCCUACACCGUCCAUGUGCCCAAGCCAUACCCCGUGCCCGUCGAGAAGCCAGUCCCAUACACCGUUGAGAAGCGCGUCAUCCAGAAGGUGCCCAUCCAGGUCGAUCGCCCAGUGCCCUAUGAAGUGAAAGUGCCCGUCAACGUGCACGUUGAGAGCCACGUGAAGCCCGCCAUCACCGUCACCCACACCGUUACCAGAACCGAGGGUGCACCCAUCGUCAGCGCACCAAAUCCAAGCAUUGCCUACAACUCUGGCAUCUCCGGUGUUGGUAUCUCUGGACCUGGUAUUGCUCUCGGUCACGGUAUCUCCUCUGGUCAUGGCAUCAUCUCCUCUGGUCAUGGCAUCAUCUCCUCUGGUCAUGGCAUCUCCGGCCUUGGCGGUUCUGGAUAUGGCGUCUCUGGACACGGUAUCUCUGGACACGGUAUCUCUGGACAAAUCGUCUCCGGACACGGCGGCUACCUCCACAAAAAGUAGAUCAAUUUUAAUGCUAACGAGGGCCACAUCAGCUUAUGACAUCGGGUAAAAGGCGUAUGGCAACAACAUCCACCCAUAUUUUUUCACACGAAGAACAACCACAAGAAAAAGAAAAAAACGAACCUAACUGGAAUUAUCCCAAGAAAACAAACACCCGCGAUCCGUAACCCUCAAAGUACGACUUACAAUUUAGUUUUAGUUUGUGAUACCAACCGAAAUUCUAGGAGGAAAGCAACCAUCAACGUGUUCAACGGGAAGAUCAUCAAAUGCGGCAAUUCGCUGAGUGUUUCCCUGGUGGGAACACUCUGGAAACUUGCCAGCCCCUCCCUCUCCUAUGGAAGGAGAAUCAAAUAUUAAGUCGCAUUCGUUUGUCCUGCUUGUCUGUAUGUUAGUUGUGUCACCAUCUUCCUCAUAUGUACAGUUCUUUCUAGACAGAAAACUAAAAAACAUCUAAAAUUCAGUUGCCUCUACGACUUUGUUUUACGUUAAUUUCUAUUCUAUGAAAUUUUUGUACAUAUUUAAAUAAUGUAAAUAAAAAGAAAAUUAAAACACAC